UUUUUUUUUUUUUUUAUUUUUUUUUUUUACUUGCCCACGUUGAAGACUUCCAUUGCAGUAGAACGGGUAGGCAGAUGGAACCCCUUCGUGAGACUACAUCGAGCACUGGUCUGCGCUCACAUUGGAGUCUUUUUUAUCCAUUCCAACCCUUGAGAAACUGUGACGUAAUAAACCGGAACUGGAGGCCAAGAGAUGGCGGGGGCGUGGGGGGGGCUUUGGCGCCUUUUAUUUACGUCUCACACGGGCAGACUGGGCGACCAAUCCGGAGCCCAGGAGACUGUGGGCGCUCUAUGCCUGGACCUUCCUUUUACGUGCUUUCCUCCAGUCUUCUGAGAGGUUAACUCUCUGCUGCUGCCGCUGGUUACCGUGGCGACAGAAAGCGCGGGAAUUACAGAUACAGUGAAAACUGCGGCUGCGCGGUGUGAGUUCUCCGAAGCUCUCCGUGCGGAACGCCGCCCGAGUUCUUAGAUAACUGGGACCUCGGGUGUGGGGAUCCCGAACUCUGUGUUCUCGGACAGAAAGAAAUGGAUUUGUCAACGGUUCGUGUUGAAGAAGUACGAAAUGUCCUUAAUGCCAUGCAGAAAAUCUUAGAGUGCCCAAUCUGUCUGGAAUUGAUCAAAGAACCAGUUUCCACAAAAUGUGACCACAUAUUUUGCAAAUUUUGUAUGUUGAAACUUCUCGACCAGAAGAAAGGGCCUUCGCAGUGUCCUCUGUGUAAGAACAGUGUAACCAGAAGAAGCCUACAGGAGAACACAAGGUUCAGCCAGCUGGUAGAAGAACUGUUGAAAGUCAUUCACGCUUUCGAGCUGGAUAGCGGCUUGCAGGUUGCAAACAGUUACAACUUUUCAAAAAAGGAAAGUAAUUCUCCUGAACAUGGCAAGGAGGAGGAGAUUUCCAUCAUCCAGAGUAUGGGCUACCGGAACCGGUCCAAAAGACUUCACUGGGGUGAGCCCGAGAACCCCGGCCUGCAGGAAACCAGUCUUGGGGUCCAGCUGUCUGACCUCGGAAUCAUGAAGUCUCUGAGGACUAAGCAGCAGGUGCAGCCUCGAAAUAAACCUGUCUACAUCAGACUGGGAUCGGAUUCCUCUGGAGACACAGUGAAUGAGGAGAAUCACCUCAGUGUGUUGCUCCUCACCCCGCAAGGAACCAGAUCUGAAGCCAGUUUGGAUUCUGUGAAACAGGGUAAUGCUGCUUGUGAGGUUUCUGAGAAGGGCGCCGCAGACCCCGACCGUCCGCGGCCCAGCACCAAUGCAAGCACUGUGGAGAAGCGUGCCGCCGAGAGGCGUCCAGAAAAGCACCAGGGUGGCCGUGUUCCAGACUUGCGCGUGGAGCCAUGUGGCACUGAGACUCGCGCCAGCUCAUUACAGCGCGAGAACAGCCAUUUACUACUCACUGAAGACAGAAUGGAUGUAGAAAAGGCUGAAUUCUGUAAUAAAAGCAAACAGCCUGGCUUCGCAAGGAGCCAACUGAGCAGAUGGGCUGAUGGCACGGAGAGCUCUGAUGAUGGGCAGAUGCCUGGCACAGAGCAGAAGGCAGAGUGGGGCACUGAGCCCCUCUGUGUGAGAGGAGAGAAGGAGCAGAAGGCCCCGGAUCCGGAGAGACUCAGGGAGGCCCAGGAUGUCCCCUGGGUCACACUGAACAGCAGCAUUCAGAAAGUUAAUGAAUGGUUUUCCAGAAGUGACGAAGUGGUGACUUCUGACAGCGCCUGUGACCGAGAGUCACAAGCUGACACUGAAGAAGCCGGUGCGUUAAGAGAUCCAGAAGUCCGAGAUGGCUUUUCUGGCUCUUUGGAGAAAAUAGCCUUGCUGGCCAGCAAUCCUCAGAGUGCUUUGCUGUCCACUAGUGAGCAAGUCUGCCCCAAAGCAGGGAGGAAGGACACAAAAGAUAAAGUAUUCAGGAAAACCUACCAGAGGAAGCCAGGCUUCCCCAGCUCGAUCCGUGUAGCUGAAAAUCGAACUGUAGAAGCGUUGGUUGUCCAACCACAGGUGACACAGGGUUGCCCCCCUACAAAUACAUUAAAACGUAAGAGGAGAACCAUGUCAUGCCUUCAUCCAGAGGAUUUCAUCAAGAGAGCAGACUUGGCAGUUGCCCCAAAGACUCCUGAAAAGAUAAAUCAGGGGACAGAGCAGAUGCAAGAGAGUGGGCAGGUGGCAGGUACUCCUAAUAACAGCCAUGAGGGUGACCCAGAAGGGGGUAGUCUCCAGAGACAGGGGACCCCCAGCCCAGCACAGUCACUGGGGAAAGAGUCUGCUGCCAGAGCUAGAGAGCUCCAGAGCCACAGCAGAAGCAGCAGGGGACUAGAAUCGUGUGUCUGUCAUUCAGAGCCACCUAAGGAAAGCAGACUGAGGUCCUCAGCCAAGCGUGUGCCUCACCCCGGCCCACCGGAUUGCACCAAACUGCAAAGUGACAAUUGUACCGGCACUGAAGGAGCUAAGGAAAAAAGCUCCCCCAGAAAGCUGCACCUUGUGGGGAGAGUAGAAGCUUCCAUUGGAACCAAGGAAAGUAAGAAGCCAGGUGACCACGUAAGGAAAAGACGGGCCGAGGAGGCCAUCCCAGCACACACACCCAGUUCUGCUAACAGGUCAGGUCCUGAGAAAGAAUUUGUCAACCCUAGCCCACUGAGAGAAGAGAACCCAGAAAUGGUUCAAGUGUCCGACAGUACCAGAGGCCCCAAAGAUCAAGUUUUAAGUGGAGAAAGGGGUUUGCAGACUGAGAGAUCUGCAGAAAGCACCAGUAUCUCCCUGGUCCCAGACACCGAUUACAGCACUGAGGACAGUUUCUCCUUACUGGAAGCCAGCAGCCUCAGGAAGACACGGAGAGUGCCGCAGCCUGUGGCUCAGUAUGUAGCUGUCGCAAAGCCCAAGGAACUUCUGCCUGCUCGCUCUGAAGAUUCUGGAGAUGGCGCUGAGGGUUUUAAUGAUCCACUGAGACGAGAUGUGAGCCACGCUCGGGAGGCAAACGUAGAAAUGGAAGACAGUGAACUUGACACUCAGUGUUUGCAGAAUACAUUCCAGGCUUCGAAUCGUCAAUCAUUUGCUCUGUUUUCCAAUCCAGGAAACCCAGAAAAGAGAUCUACAGCAGUCUUUAGCCACUCUGAGGCCCUUAAGAAACAAAGUCCAGAAGUCACUCCUGAAUGUGAACAGACAGAAGACCGUCAGGGAGAGAAAGUGUCUGAGAUCGGGCGUGUGCAGGCGGCUAAUGCUGCCGCGGGUGGCCUCGUGGUUUCUCAGAAUGGUCAGCCGGGUGCUGGUGCCCAGUGUGGUGUCACAGGAGUCUCAAGGCUCCAUCCAUCAUCUCAGGUCGGAGGUGACAAAACCGAACUCAUCUCUGCUGACAAACUCAGAAUUCCACAAAGCCCAUGCCAUAGGCCAUCAGUUUCUCCCGUCAGGACAUUGGUUAAAAGUACGUGCAAGAAAACCCCUUCCACGUCACCUCAAGAAGCAGCGGGGAGUGGGAGCACCCUUGAAAGCAUGGCGAGCACAGGGGGCCACACUAACAGCAGAGCUCUUGCUGCUAAAGAAGCCAUCUCAGGAACGGGCUCCAGCACUAACGAGGUCGCCUCCAGCGGUGAACAUAUGCAAGCAGAACCAGGGAGAAGCCGGGGGCCCACACUAAAUGCUGUGCUUAGAUCAGGUCUCAUGCAGCCGGAAGUCCAGGAGCAGACUCUGCCUGCGAGGGGCUGCGACUGGCCUCACAUACCAAGGCGGGGAGUCAGUGGAGUCGUUGCUGGGGCUGUGCAUGCAGACUUCUCCCCCUGUCUAGUUCUAGAUAGUGUGGAACAGCCCGUGGGCGGUAGUCCUGCUUCUCAGAUUUGUUCUGAGACCCCCGAUGACCUGUUAGAUAGCGAGGACAGAAAGGAAGACACCAGCUUUGCCGAAGGUGACAUUAAGGAGACCUCUGCUGUUUUUAGCAGAAGUGUCCAGAGAAGACAGUUCAACAGGAGCCCCAGCCCCCUAACCCAUGCAGCUCUGACUCGGGGUCGCCAGAGAGGGGCGAGGAAAUUGGAGUCUUCUGAAGAAAAUGUGUCCAGUGAGGAUGAAGAACUUCCCUGCUUCCAACAUUUAAUAUUUGGUAAAGGACACGCUACUCCUCAGCCUACCAGGCCCGGUCCUGACGCAACAGAGCGUGUGUGUCUGGGAACAGAGGAGAACCUGGAGUCUCCGAGAGGCGGCCUACAAGGCUGUGCCAACGAGCCGGUGUCCCCGGAGCCUCAGCUGGGUGAAGACAUCAGGUGUUCCGGCAGCCUGUUUUCUUCCCAGUACAGCGUCCCGGAAGACUCUGCUGCAGACAGGAUCUCCCAGGAUCCCUUCCUGAUGUGCCCUCCUGCCGAACUGAAGGGGCAUCCCUCUGGAGCCCAGGGUGCCAGCCUGAGCGGCCGUGAAGUGGUUUCAGAUGGUGAAACAGCCUCUGGGUACGAGAGCGAAACAAACCCCUCUGACGGCUGCUCAGGGCUGUCCUCACAGAGCAGCAUCCUGACCACCCAGCAGAGGAACACCAUCCAAGACAACCUGCUCAAGCUGCAGCAGGAAAUGGCCCACCUGGAAGCCGUGCUGGAGCGGCAUGGGAGCCAGUGCUCCAACAGCUCCGCCUCCAUCGUACCCGACUCCUGCCCCGCCAAGGACCCGGUGACCCUGGGACAACACACACCGGGACAAGGAUUAACCUCGAAGAGAUGUAUUGAAUAUCCUGUAAGCCAGAGUCUCCGAGCCUGUUCUUCUGACAAGCACCAAGUGUCCCCAGAUCAUCUCACCAGUGAAAAUAAGGAGCCAGGAGCUGGAAGGUCGCCCCCUCCCGAGGCCCAGAUGGCUGACAGUCAGUGGUCUGCGCAUAGCCAGCCCAGGAGGCCGGGGGACAGAGGCCACCCAGCUCUACAGCAGCCAGCGGAGGCCCCUAAUGUGGAGGAGGAGGAACUGGGAGAGUCUGCGCACCAUUCCACAGCACUGGCUCAUUUCCCAAGGCAGGAACUAGGACCUGCCCGGAGCCCCACCACUGCUCAGACUGAUGACCCUGCCAGGUCUGCUCCGCGGGAGGACGCUGUGAGCAGGGGGAAGCCCAGACCCUUAUCCUCGGCAAGAGGGGGCCGUAGGAGGAGGCUCUCCAUGGUGCUGUCAGGCCUGACUACCAAGCAGUCAGUGCUCGUGCAGAAGUUUGCCAAAAAACACCACAUUGGGUUGACCCAUCUGAUGACAGAGGAGACCACCCACGUGGUCAUGAAGACAGAUGCUGAGUUCGUAUGCGAACGGACACUGAAAUAUUUCCUGGGAAUUGCAGGAGGAAAAUGGGUGGUUAGCUAUUUCUGGGUGACCCAGUCGAUGAAGGAGAGGAGGAUGCUGGAUGAGCGUGAUUUUGAAGUCAGAGGAGAUGUGGUCAAUGGAAGAAACCACCAAAGUCCGAAGCGCGCGAGGGAAUCCCGGGACCAGAAGAUCUUCGGAGGCCUGGACGUCUGUUGCUGCGGGCCCUUCACCAACAUGCCCACAGAUCAGCUCGAGUGGAUGCUGCGGCUGUGCGGGGCCUCCGUGGUCAGGGAGCUCUCGGCGCUGCCCGUCGGUGCUGGAGCUCAGCCGGUCGUGGUCAUGCAGCCGGAGGCCUGGACAGAGGACGCGGGCUUCCUUGCCCUCCGACAGCUGUGCCAAGUGCCUGUGGUGACCAGAGACUGGGUGCUGGACAGUGUGGCCCUCUACAAGCGCCAGGAGCUGGGUGCCUACCUCAUCCCGCAAGGCCCCCAGAAACCCCUCUGACUCCAGCUGGCCAUGGGUCUGGGGUCACAGGACCCUGAGGAUGCACUUCAGGAGCGGCCUUGGCCGGGCAUGAUGUCGCUACCACGUGCCUGUCACCCCAGAUCACAGGGAGGCUGAGGCAGGAGGAUUGCAAGUAUCAGCCCGCCUGGGCAACUUUGUGAGACGCUCAAA